GCGGCGGCUACAAGACGUCAGAGGUCAUGUGCUAAGUCCAACCAAUGGCACAGGGCGCUGCUGUUGUACUUGUGAGAGUGUACAAAUUGUCUUUACCGAUGGCGCACGAACUUCUGAAAAAUGCCCAAUAAAGCUGAAAAAGAGAAGGUACCCGCAAAAGCGAACACCACGGCAGCCAAGAACGGAAAUGCGAAGGAAGCGCAAGAGAAUGCUGAGGAGAUGAACAAGUCGAACAACAACAGUAAUACACAAAACCAGAACCGAACAAGCAGCGGCGGAGGGCCUACCAAGGGGGGUCCCCCGCCCCCAACUUUACUGACGAAGAUGAAGUACCCCGGUGGUAACCCUGCAGUGCGCAAGGACAAGCGCCAAAACUCGUCCCGCUUCAAUGUGAGUCACAACCGGGAGCUACAGAAGCUGCCUGCCCUCAAGGACGCAUCUUCGGCCGAGCGGGAAGAUCUCCUUGUGCAGAAACUGCGUCAGUGCUGCGUACUGUUCGACUUUGUCUCUGACCCCUUGUCCGACCUCAAGUGGAAGGAAGUGAAGAGGGCAGCCCUUCACGAGAUGGUAGAGUACAUCACCUCGCAGCGCGGGGUGCUCACGGAGGCCCUCUAUCCCGAGAUGGUGCACAUGUUUUCCGUUAAUGUUUUCCGGACCCUUCCUCCUUCAUCCAACCCCAACGGGGCCGAAUUUGAUCCCGAAGAAGAUGAACCGACACUAGAAGCUGCCUGGCCGCACCUCCAGCUGGUCUACGAACUUUUUCUCAGGUUUCUGGAGUCUCCAGACUUCCAGCCCAACGUUGCCAAGCGACACAUCGACCAGCGCUUCGUCCUGCAGCUGCUGGAGCUCUUUGACUCCGAGGACCCCCGGGAGCGUGACUUUCUCAAGACGACGCUGCACCGCAUUUACGGAAAGUUCCUGGGCCUACGGGCUUACGUGCGCAAACAGAUCAACAACAUGUUCUAUCGGUUCAUCUACGAGACGGAACAUCACAACGGAGUAGCGGAGCUGCUGGAGAUCCUGGGCUCGAUAAUCAACGGGUUUGCUCUGCCCCUGAAGGAGGAGCACAAGGUGUUCCUUCUGAAAGUGCUGAUGCCCCUGCAUAAGGUGAAAUCGUUGAGCGUCUAUCACCCGCAGCUGGCCUACUGUGUGGUGCAGUUUCUGGAGAAGGAUCCCAGCCUGACGGAACCCGUCAUCCUCACGCUGUUGAAGUUCUGGCCGAAGGUGCACUCACCCAAGGAGGUGAUGUUCCUGAACGAAUUGGAGGAGAUACUGGACGUCAUCGAGCCGGCAGAAUUUGCCAAGGUGAUGGUGCCGCUCUUCAGGCAGCUGGCCAAGUGUGUGGCCUCCCCGCAUUUUCAGGUUGCGGAGCGGGCACUGUACUACUGGAACAACGAGUAUAUCAUGAGCCUAAUCAGUGAUAAUGCGGCGCACAUAUUGCCCAUUAUGUUCCCUGCCCUCUACAAGAAUUCAAAGUCCCACUGGAAUAAGACUAUCUAUGGCCUGAUCUACAAUGCGCUCAAGUUGUUUAUGGAGAUGAACCAGAAGUUGUUUGAUGAGUGUGUGCAGACUUAUAAGCAAGAGAGGCAAAACGAGAAGAUGCGGCUGCGUGAACGAGAAGAUGCCUGGACCAAAAUAGAAGUUCUCGCUGAGAAAAACCCCCAGUUCCAGCAGGUAGCCUCCCAGUUGCAGCCCCUGAACUCCAGCGGCGGCGGCGGCAGCAGUGUGCAGACGAACGACUCUCCUCCGGAGGAUGACGACAUGAUCUACGACAAGCUAGAGACUGAGGCUAAGGAGGCGUCCCGCCAAAUGGCCAAGAAAGAGAAGCCCCUGCUGCGCCGCAAGUCGGAGCUUCCCCUGGAUUCCCUCACCCUGAAAGCUCUCACUGACCACAAGCGAGCCGACGAGUUCCUGUCUACGCCUCCCUCUUCCACACCGGCUGCAGCAGCUACCCAUGCGGACGGCUCGCACCUAGGCUAACCCCUCUUUGUGCGCCUCGUUUGGGGAACGAUCCGUCUUAAUUUAUUACUUUAGGCCCACUCUCUCUCUCUCUCUCUCCCUCGCUUCCCUGGUGUCUAUGUGCCGCUGCUGCCUUCUCCCCCUCAUCGUACACGUGCAUAGACACCUUAUGCAUACAUAGACGAGAAAUACCUAUUUUUUUAGGAGUAAAAAAAAGACCUUUGUAUGUAGCACGGGUGUACUCUUCGAAAGGGAGAAGAUCGUGUGACUGUACGUACUAGACAAAAUGGUGGAAGACUGUAUGGAUCUCUAGGCACAGACUGUCGUGAGCAGAAGCCUUCAGUGCUUCCCUGCCAAACACCGCCAAGUGCAUUCCGGUUGUACAAUGCCUUUUCUUUUUUUUUUUUUCUUCAUCAUAAAUUUGUUUUAUGUCUCACUUUAUAGAGGAAGGAUAAGUGGACCACCUGUCAUGAAACACGAAGUGGAGGACGAUUUAUAUACGUACAUAUAACUUUUCCUCUCUUUUUUUCUGCAGAGAGAUAUGCGUAUUCCUGCUGUUGUUGUUGCUGCUCACAGUUGUGGAAUGUUAUUGCCUGCAGUUUGUAGACGGAGCAAACGUUGUCACAAAGUGGUAGUGCAGUCAGGACUUGUUUUCUUAUGUGUACAUAGCUUUAGAAUUUUAACUGCAGCUGCUGUUCUCUUUUUUUUUCCUUCCUUGCUCGUUGUAUCAUUUGUUCUGCCUCGUAAAGUGUGCCACGCGCUGCUGGAAGGCGGGUUGUGGUGUUCGCAGAGGCGUGGCACUUUUUAGAAAAAUAAUUUAAAAUGCUGUAUGGAGUGGCUCGUCAGAAUGUUUCAUUCAGCAUCCUGUGGAGAUGAGUCGGUAAUGGCCUGACAAGGAAGUAUCAAAAAUGAUCUGUGCUGGAGCACUUGCAUGAACCUGCAUGCGAUGACAUAUUUAUGGAUUUGUUUUUUUAUUACCGCGGAGAAGAACACCGAAAGAGAGCUGAUCUCUGCUACUUGUUAAUGCAUUACAAUGAGUCUACAAAAUGUGCAAAGUACUUGUAUGGUCAUCUGUAACUCCAAGGUAUCCUGUGAAUAGGUGCAAGUAUGGAUUCUGAACUUUGAGUUAGCCUUCUGUCACUGUGAGUCGUGUAUGCGGCCACCAAAAAUACAAGGAUUUUGAUAACCUGUC